UUUUUUUUUUUUUUUGCGAUACGCGGUCCUCUCACUGUUGUGGCCUCUCCCGUUGCGGAGCACAGGCUCCAGACGCGCAGGCUCAGCGGCCAUGGCUCACGGGCCCAGCCGCUCCGCGGCAUGUGGGGUCCUCCCGGACCGGGGCACAAACCUGUGUCCCCUGCAUCGGCAGGCGGACUCUCAACCACUGCGCCACCAGGGAAUCCCCCAGAUUAUUUUUAAAACAAUCCCAGGCAUCAUGUAAUUUAAUCUGUAAAUAUUUAUGUAUAUUCCUCUAAAAGAGAAGAAUGUUUUAAAAAACAUAACCACAAUACCUUAUCACACCUAAAAGCAUUUUAACACUUCCUUGAUAUUAUUAACUACCCAAUCAGUGUUCACACUUCUCUGAAUGUCUUAUUUCUUUUUUAGUACAAUUUGUUUGAAUCAGGGUUUGAAUGAAGUUUACGUGUUGUAGUUGUUUCAUAGGUAUCUUAAAUCUCUUUUAACCUACGGUUUUCCUCUCUAUCAUUUAAAAACUCUCCUUUAUUUCUUGUUGUUGACAAAACCAGGUUAUCUUCCUAUACAAUUUCCCUGUAGUCUGCGUUUAGAUGAUUGCCCCUGUGAUGUUGUUUGACAUGUUCCUCUGGCCCUUAUGUUUCCUGUAAACUGGUAAUUAGAUCUAGAGGCUUGUUCAGAUAGAGAUUCAAAUUUUUUCAAGGAAGUGUGGUAAGACUACAUUAUAGGUGUUGAUGUGUAAUCCCAUUAGGAGUCUAAUUGGUGUCUGAUUGUCUCUUUUUUUGUGAUGUUAAUAGAAAUGCUUAUAUCCAUUGGUACCUGAUGGACUGAAAAAUGAUAAUAUCUGAGUUCUAAUAUAGUCCUCCUCUGUUUCUUAUCUGAAACUCUUAUCCAAAAAAAGAAAUUUCUCAUUAUUUGGUUAUCCUGAAAUAGAGAUCAUAUAAGAAAAACAGAAAAAGGCUUGAUUUUCCCCCCCUUUAUUUACUGGUUUAAAUAAUAAGUUGGCUCCCUAGCAUCCUCCCAAGGUGAAUAAUGAUACUUUGUUUCAUAUUGUUUAAAAGGACUGACAAUACCAAAGGGUUGUUGUGGGGAUGGAGCAACUAGAGCUUAUACACUGCUAGGGGGGAUAUAAAUUGUUAUAACUACUUUGGAAAUCUGUCUUAUGGUAUCUUCUAAGGCCUAUAUAUGACCCAUCUAAACCAUUCUAUAUAGGCAACCGAAAUGAGUGCUAUAUCCACCAAAAGAUAUGUAUAAAAAUGUUCAUAGCAGCACUUUUCAUAACAGCCUCAGACUGGAAACAACUAACCUGUUUAUCAACAGUAGAAUGGGUAGACAAAUGGAGGUAUAAUCAGAAAGUGGAAUAAUACAUACCAAAGAAGAAAAGAACAAGAGAUUGCCAUACACAGAAACAUGGAUGGACCUCACAGAUGUAAUGUUGAGUGAAAGAAGCCAUACACAGAAAAGUAUAUACUGUAGGAUUUCAUGUAUAUGGAACUCAAGAAUAGACAAAACUAAUUUAUAGUGAUAAAGGUCAGAAUAGUGGUUAUCUUUGGGGGCUACUGUCUAGAAGGGAGUGUGAGGGUUUUGGGGAAGAUGUUGGGGAAAUGUUCUUGUAGCUACUAGAACUUACUAUAUGUAUCAAUGUUAUGCUUCAACAAAAAGAUUUUUUAAGACAAAAUAAGAAUAUAUAUCUGUAUUGCUUAUAUGCCUAAAGACAUUCUGGAAGAAAACACCAGAAACUAAUAACAGUGGUUUCGUGGGGAUGGGAUGGAUGCUGGUGUGGAAACUGGACAGAAUGAGUCAGGGCUGUGUGGGAGACUUUCUUCCCAUGUAACCUCUCUCUUUUUUUAAAUUGAUAUAGUUGACAUAACAUUAUAUUAGGUUCAGGUGUACAACAUAAUGAUUCAAUAUUUGUAUAUAUUGAGAAAUGAUCAUCACAAUAAUUCUAGUUAACAUCCAUCACCACAUAUAGUUACAAAUUUUUUUCUUAUGAUGGGAAAUAACCUUUCUAUAUUUAAAAUGUUUUGAGUUGUAUGAAUAUAUUAUUAUCUAAAAGUUGGGUAUCUUGGGACUUCCCUGGUGGUCCAGUGGCUAAGACUCCACGCUCCCAAUGCAGGGGCCCCAGGUUCGAUCCCUGGUCAGGGAACUAGAUCCUACACGCACGCCUCAACUAAAAGAUCCUGCGUGCCGCAACUAAGGAUCCACAUACUGCAAGGAAGAUCCUGCACACGGCAACGAAGAUCCCAUGUGCCGCAACUAGGACCCAGUGCAGCCAAAUAAAUAAAUAAAUAAUUUAAAAAGUAAUAAUUAUAAAAAAAAUUUUUUUAAAAGUUGGUUAUGUAGUAGAAUCCUGUUUCCAAAUGGAUCCAUCUCAUUUUUGUCAUGCAGGCAUCUAUUUGUUUCCCAGCCUUUUGCUCUUUUUCCAACAAUCAUGAAAUCUGACAUAUGGAACAAUUAUUGGGAAAACUGACAUUUUUGCUUUGAAUGUUUACUAAAAGUCCUAAACAUUGAAAGCUCAAAUAUUCUACAAAAGCAGCAUAUUCAAAUGUCAAAUUGUUAUAGAUAUGUUAAUUAUAGGAAAUAUUAUAUGUCUCACCCACUCGCUUUUGAUACCCUGCAAGUACUGAUUGAAUUUGCCCCAUUUGUCCUUGAUAAUAAAUAAAAUUAGCUGGAGUAGAACAAUACUGACUACAAAAUCUUUUCAUUCUUUGUGAUAAAUGAUUCCUCCCAAGACAGGACUUGUCUUGGUCAAAGUGCCAAUACCCAACUGUAGACAUCUUCAGAGCAUGUGUGCCCUAGAGAGCAAACAGGUCUCAGUCUCCUAAACAACCCUCUCCCCUACUGACAGUGAUACAAUGAACUUGAAGGGGCCCAUAGCAAAAGGGACACUGAGGACGGAGCCAGAUAGAGUGAGAAAAAAGUACAAGAUAGUUUCACAGUUGGUUCCACCAAGUAGAAAUAACCAGUGUGAAAGUGAUAAAUUAUAAAGAUGGGGAAAUUAGCCUAAUCUAUUUGCCAAAAACAAACAAAAAAACCAAAACUCCCAGCAACUUCUCUUGUCACAUAGUUAAUUAAAGCUUGAACAAAAAUUAGUCUUAGUGUAUUACCCCCUCGAACAAACAUCAUGAUCCCUUUACAGAUCUUCAAUGGCACACUUUCCUUUUGUUUUUCUUGAGAAACGCCAUGACUCCCCUUCUUUUCAAAUAUUUAUUAGACCUCUUUUCAAAUGUAUUUGAUCAGAAUCCUCUUUUCAAAUAGUCUCUUUGAAUUUUGAUUACUUUUAAUAAGGUCCACCUUCCCCACCCCUGCUGAACAUCAGACGUUUUAUCUUCCCUGAGUGUCAAGAGACCCCUCUGCCCUUGCUCCCAAGACAAAUCUUGAAAGGGGUUUGAGGUCUACUCAGAUGUAGAAUAAAGCCUGUCAUUUUGAUGUGUUAGGAAAUGGGGUUUGGGAUUUUUUUACCUCUUAUAAUUCCAUGGGUUGGCUUAGAUCAACUGGGUGGUUGGGAUCUGUUCCACUUGGUGUUGGCCGAUGCUAUGGUCUGAAUGUUUGUGUCCCACCGGAAUUCAUGUUGAAAUUCUAACCCCCAAGGUUAUUAGGAAGUGAGGCCUUUGGGUGAUUAGGUGCUAAGGCUAGAAGUAGAGUGAUCGGGUGUAGAGAAUGCAUUAGGAUGUGCAGGAUGGGGGUGCCACUAACCCCCUGCCAUAGAGUGGGCUGUUUUCUUAAAACUUUCUUAAAACUUCUAUGUAAAUAAAGGAAAAAUAUAAAUGUAGACAAAGAGGAAGAAGACAAUUUAAAAUGUUUGAGUAAAUCAACAAUAGAAGGAUAGAAGAUGUUGGAUUAAGAAUAAGUGUCUUGGGGGCUUCCCUGGUGGCACAGUGGUUAAGAAUCCACCUACCAAUGCAGGAGACACGGGUUUGAUCCCUGGCCCGGGAAGAUCCCAGAUGCUGCGGAGCAACUAAGCCUGUGUGCCACAACUACUGAGCCUGCGCUCUAGAGCCCGCGAGCCACAACUACUGAAGCCCACGUGCCUAGAGCCCGUGCUCUGCAACAAGAGAAGCCACCGCAAUGAGAAGCCCACACACCGCAAUGAAGAGUAGGCCCCGCUCGCCACAACUAGAGAAAGCCCGCACGCAGCAACAGACCCAAUACAGCCGAAAGUAAAUAAAUAAAAUAAAUAAAUUUUUAAAAAAGGAAUGUGUUGGGAUUCCCUGGUGGUGCAGUAGUUAAGAAUCCACCUGCCAAUGCAGGGGACACGGGUUUGAUCCCUAGUCCAGGAAAAUCCCACAUGCUGAGGAGCAACUAAGCCCGUGCGCCACAACCACUGAGCCUGUGCUCCAGAGCCUGCGAACCACAACUACUGAAGCCUGAGCACCUAGAGCCCAUGCCCAGCAACAAGAUAAGCCACCGCAAUGAGAAGCCCGCGCACCGCAACGAAGAGUAGCCCCCACUCGCUGCAACUAGAGAAAGCCUGCGCACAGCAACGAAGACCCAAUGCAUCCAAAAAUAAAAUUAAAAAGAAUUUAAAAUUUUCUCUUCUUCAGAGAAAAUUUGGAAUUAAAAAAAUAUAUGUUCAAAUUCGAGUAGUGGGUCAUCCUACAAUGUAUCUGACCUGUUGUCCUCAAAACAGUCAAGGUCGUCAGAAACAAGGAAGGUCUGAGAAACUUUAAUAGCAGAGAGGAGUCUAAGGAGACAUGACAACUAAUUAUAAUGUAGCAUCCUGGACCAGAAAAAGACAUUAGACAAAACUAAGGAAAUGAAACAACUAUGGACUAUAGUUAUUAAUAAUGUGUUGAUGUUGGUUCAUUAAUUAUAACAAAUGUACCGCACUAAUGUAAUAUGUUAAUAAUAGGGGAAACUGGGUAUGAGGUACAUGAGAACUCUCUGUACUAUCUUCUCAAUUUUUCUGUAAAUUUUAAAAUGUUCUAAAAAAUAAAGUCGACUAAAAGUUGUUUUCUUUCUCCUUUUUUACCGAGCAGUAACCAAAAUCUUAUACAGAGAGGAAGUAUUAGGUAAUCAGUGAUGUACUAUGAUCAUUUUUACCUUGAGAUUGAAAAGGUAACAGAAAAGUUGAAAGUGUUUGAUUAAUGAAGUUUAAGCAAGUUUCUAAAAAACUAAAUUGCUCAAAUGGCAGAUUUGUGAAUCUGGGGUUUCUUUUAAUUCAAAUAGUGUAAUAAAGGCUCGUGAUCAAGAAAGACUUUGACAUCUACAAGAGAGACUAACUUCUAGACUUAAUAAAAUUGCUCUGGGCAACCACUGCAGGCUCCAGCCUUGCUGCGGGGGGUUAUGCUACGUCUGGCCCACGGGGCCCUAGCUCGCAUUGGGAGCCGAAUCCUAGAGGGGGACAACAUGCCAACUGCCAAGAAACUAGCUAACAUUGGCUACAAGACCUUCUCCUCCUCCAUGAUGCUUCUCACUGUGUAUGGGGACUACCUCUGCAGUGCCCGAGCCUACCACUAUUUCCAGCCGCCCAGCUCCCAGUGCCAAGCUGCAGAAGAACAGAACACCUCGGGAGUCUUGUAGAAAUGGGGGGCUUUUUUCCUUGAGCAGAGACGCCUGAGGCAUGCUGUGGAAGGACCUCACCUGUAGUCAUUUCUGAGUCAAGAGGACCAGGGCUUUAAUGGUUUUCGAAUCCUGCUGGGAAAAUGUGCCCAUGUUUUUUCUGGUACAGCCAGUUUGGAGAGGCUAUCGAAUCAUAACAGAAAUAGGAGGGUAAGGCACACUUACAGACAUUAAAUAUUUUGCCAAAAAGAAAAAAAGAAAAUUGCUUCGAAUCAGAAAGAGUGCAUUUAUGGGAAAUAGUGCUUAUUUAUGAAAUAUGUUUCUUAAAAUUCAAGUCACAUCAUCAAUGCAUUUUUUUUUUCUAAUUUUUUUCUUCCCCAAAGCAAAAAAAAAGCAAGAAUAAGUGUUGGGUUCUUCAGAUGAUUGUGAUUUAUUAUCCCCUUUUGUUAUCCCCCUUUGUAUAAGUUAAUGAGACAAAUUAUAAUGAAAUCAAAGUGUUUUUUAACAGUUUCUAAACCUAAAGCAGAAUAUUACUUUUGCCUUAACAAAGGUUGAGAGGAGACUAAAUCUAAGAAAGUAGAAAUAAGGUUAAAAAAAAAAGGGGGGGGAGGAAUAAAUAGAAGUUAAAAAUAAUGAAUCAAUAUGUGAGAUAUUUGGAGCCAAAAAGCAAUGACACAAAAUGGAUGAGAUUUAAAAUAAAAGAGCCAGAAGCCAAUAAGCUUUUGAAAAUAAAUGAAAAGAUUAAUAUUUAAUAAAAGUAAAAAUUUAAUAGUAUCAGAGUUGUGCUCACAUAUUUAUGUACAAAUAUGCCCAUCAAUGCUAUGUAUAAAAGCAGUAGGUUGUCCAACAAUAAGAAAAUAAUUGCAAUGCUUAUAUAAAAAGGAAAAAUGUAUAAGUAUUAAAAGUCAUCUUUUUGAAGAUUAUUGAAAGCAUUGCAAAAUGUUCAUAAUACAAAUGAUAUUAAGUUUAACAAAGUGUAUAUACACUGGUUCCAAUUUUUUAAAUUAUAAAAUAGAUAUGUGUUUUCUCAAAAUGCUAAACACAGAGUUACCAUAUGACUCAGCAAUUUCACACCUAGGUAUUU